AUGUCCAUGUUGUGGAGAGCCUCACUGUCUGGGCGAUUUGUUGCAGCAAGCGCUGCCCACCGACUAACCAACCUUCGCGCGUUCUCUACUCGCGAGGUGAUAGCAAUCACAGAGGUCAGGAAGGGCAUGAUCAUAAAGAUAGAGGACAAGUACUGUGAGGUCAAGGAGUGGCAGCCUCACAAGCAGGGUCGAGGCGCAGCGGCUUACAACGUGACCUACAACGAGCUGGACACGGGCAAGGAGCGCCUCCAUAAGUUCACAUCAGCAUCCAAAGUUCCCAAAGUAGAUCCAGACAGAGAAGAGUGUCAGGUCCUGUACACGAAAGGCUCUGGAGUAGAAGAGAAGAUUGUGGUGCUUGCAGAUGCGGAAUACAAUGAGCUAGAGCUUCCGCUUGCCCGAUUUGUGGGCCACUCCAGUGUUCCAGAUGGUUCAUCAGCACUUCUCUACAAGGAUGACGGAGAGAUCAUCAAAGUCAACGUGAAACCCUGA